UUCCCAUCCCGGCUUCCCCCGCGGCGCCGCUCGCUCUUUCUCGCCGCCAUCUUGGGACGGUGCCGUCGAGCCCUGCUGGGGACAGGACUUCAAGGCAACACCAUGACUGGCAGGUUGUGGUCCAAGGCCACUUUUGCUGGCUACAAGCGAGGUCUCCGCAACCAGAGGGAGCACACGGCCCUCCUGAAGAUCGAGGGGGUUUACUCCCGCAAUGAGACAGAGUUCUACUUGGGCAAGAAAUGCGCCUACGUGUACAAAGCGAAAAACAACACAGUGACGCCCGGCGGCAAGCCCAACAGGACCAGAGUGAUCUGGGGGAAGGUGACCCGUGCCCACGGAAACAGCGGCAUGGUGCGAGCAAAGUUCCGCUCCAACUUGCCUGCCAAAGCCAUUGGACACAGGAUCCGAGUGAUGCUGUAUCCGUCUAGAGUCUAAAUGUGGACAGAAAAUAAAGUUUACAGUAUCUUACCCUUUUG